CCCAGGCGGCCCAGGCGGCGGCGGCAUGAACUACGAGCACCUUCCCGUGGUGAUCGACAACGGCUCGGGGGUGAUCAAGGCGGGUAUGGCCGGGAGCCGCGAGCCCCAGUUUGUCUACCCCAACAUUGUGGGCCGCGCCAAGGGCCAGAACUGGGCGGUCGAGGGCGCGCAAGAGCUGUGCGUGGGCGACCAGGCGCAGGACCGGAGAAGCUCGCUGUCCAUCAGCUACCCGGUGGAGCGCGGUCUCAUCACUUCCUGGGGGGACAUGGAGAUCAUGUGGAAGCACAUCUACGACGCCAACCUGAAGCUCAAGCCCUGCGAGGGCCCAGUCCUGAUCACGGAGCCGGCUCUGAACCCCCUGGCCAGCCGACAGCGCAUCGCCGAGGUGUUUUUUGAGCACCUAGAUGUGCCUGCCUUCUACAUGUCCAUCCAGGCUGUGCUGGCUCUCUUUGCUGCUGGCUUCACUACUGGCUUUGUGCUGAAUUCAGGUGCUGGGGCUACCCAGUGUGUACCCAUCUUUGAGGGCUACUGUCUGCCUCAUGGUGUCCAGCAGCUGGAUCUGGCAGGCCUCGACCUCACCAGCUACCUCAUGAUGCUCUUGAAAGACCAUGGGAUCAUGCUGCUCAGUGCUGCAGACAGAAAGGUGGUCGCAGACAUUAAGGAGACUACCUGUUAUGUAGCAAUGAACUAUGAAGAGGAAAUGGCCAAGAAACCUGAGAGUAUAGAGAAAAUUUACCAACUCCCCGAUGGGAAGAUGAUCAAGCUCCAUGAGCAGCUCUUCCGUUGUCCAGAGGCCCUCUUCUGUCCAAGUUUCAUGAACGUGGAUGGCCCUGGCAUUGAUAAGAUGUGCUUCAGCAGCAUAAUGAAAUGUGAUACAGAUCUUAGAAAUUCCUUCUUCUCCAAUAUUAUCCUUUCUGGGGGAUCGACCUCUUUCCCUGGCUUAGACAAGCGGCUGGUUAAGGAUAUAGCAAAGGUGGCACCCGCCAACACGCCAGUGCAGGUCACAGCUCCCCCAGAAAGGAAAAUAUCAGUGUGGAUGGGAGGUUCUAUUCUUGCAUCCCUGUCUGCCUUCCAGGACAUGUGGAUCACUGCUGCAGAAUUUAAAGAAGUGGGGCCCAACAUAGUACACCAAAGAUGCUUCUGAAAUGCAGAUAAAAUGGUUAGGAAAAAAAUGUUUUCUGUGUAUGUGACAGAAAACUUUCGCUAUUAUGUUUCUGGGAGAACAGAAAACAUUUCAAUGAUUGGGAUGUCCAUGUUUUUGUUGCAUUUCUAUGAGGGUAAAUAAUAAUGGUGAGAUACUCAAACAACACAUGUUGAGUAAAACA